AUGCCUUACCAAGUCCUUACCGGGAACUCGUGCUUCACGAGUUCCGAAGCCCAGAAGCUUCUGGGACGAAUCAACAAGCAGACCGACGCCAGGCUUCAGUCCAUCCAGGGCAACUGGCUUUACUACGUCGACCUGAAAAAGGGCCAAUCUGGACUCGACAAGGUCCAGCAGUUGCUUCAGGUCAGCAACGCCUCGGGGCCCGCUACUACAUCACGUUCCGAGAACAGCGUGACCUUCUACAUCACUCCUCGCAACAUCUCGCCAUGGAGUUCCAAAGCCACGAGCAUUGCCCACGUCUGUGGCCUCAAGGACCAGGUUCACCGGGUCGAAAGGGGUCGAGUGAUUACCAUCCAGUAUGAGGACUCGAACAAUGGAGGUGACGACCUGCCCUUCCGCGACAUCAUCCAUGACCGAAUGACCGAGACGCUCGCCACUGAGCAGCCCUCCCUGGACGCCAUGUUCGCUGAACGUGAUCGGUCUCCUCUCGUGGUCGUUGACAUCUUCGCGGAGGAUAGUCGUGGACCAUUGGCGGUGCUGGACGAUUAUAACAAGAAGAUGGGUUUGGCUUUGAGUGCCGAGGAGAUGCAAUACCUAGUCGAUUCCUACACACGACUGGGCAGACCACCUCACGACGUAGAGCUCUUCAUGUUCGCUCAGGUCAACUCCGAACAUUGUCGCCACAAGGUCUUCAAUGCAGCUUGGACGAUCGAUGGGAAGCCUAUGGGCAAGAGUCUUUUCGAGAUGAUCAAGAACACCCACAAGAAGACCCCUGACUAUACCGUCUCUGCAUACAGCGACAAUGCUGCGGUUCUUGAGGGUGGACUUUCCAACUUCUGGGCACCAGACUAUUCCACGGGCACCUGGAAGCUCUCCAACGAAGUGAUCCACCCAUUGAUCAAGGUUGAAACCCACAACCAUCCCACUGCCAUCUCACCUUUUCCUGGCGCUGCUACAGGUUCUGGAGGCGAGAUCAGGGACGAAGGCGCCGUCGGCAGAGGUUCAACACCCAAGGCCGGUCUGUGUGGCUUUUGGGUCUCAGAUCUGCUCAUUCCCGGCAGAAAAGAACCAUGGGAGGUCGACAUUGGUCGACCUGGUCAUUACGCCAGCAGUCUCGACAUCAUGCUGGAAGCGCCAAUUGGCUCUGCACGAUUCAACAAUGAGUUUGGUCGGCCCUGUCUGACUGGCACCUUCAGAACCUUGCUCACAAACACCGAGGGCGAGCAUUCUAACUCCAACACCGAGUGGAGGGGAUAUCAUAAGCCAAUCAUGAUUGCUGGCGGCAUUGGCUCCGUCAGGCCACAACACGCCCUGAAAAAUGAGGCAGACGUGCUCGACGGCGCCCAUGUCAUCGUUCUCGGAGGACCUGCAAUGCUGAUUGGACUUGGAGGAGGUGCCGCCUCGAGUGCUGUGGGUGGGGGCAACGCGGAUCUCGACUUCGACUCGGUGCAGAGAGGCAAUCCAGAGAUGGAGCGCCGAGCCCAGAUGGUCAUCAACACCUGUGUUGCUCUCGGUGGCAACAACCCAAUCGCCAUGAUCCAUGACGUAGGUGCUGGUGGUCUAUCAAACGCGCUGCCCGAGCUGGUCAAAGACGCAGGCUUCGGCGGCAAGUUCGAGCUGCGACAAGUUGAGAGUGCCGACAACAGCAUGAGCCCAUUGCAGAUAUGGUGUAAUGAGGCACAAGAACGAUAUGUGCUGCUCGUCAACAAGGACAACAUGAACCGCUUCCAGGUCAUUUGCGAGCGCGAGCGUUGCGGUUAUUCGAAUGUUGGAAACGUAGUUGCCAAGGACAAGAAUGGUGUUUCCCGGCUGGUACUUCAGGAUCGGGAAUCCAGGGAGUACCCCGUACCAAUUGAUCUACCCAUGGACGCUUUAUUCCCACCAGGCCGCCGUCAAGAGCGAGUGGUUGAGAGUCUCAAGGCACCUCUGGCUCCUUUUGAUGCAGCGACGAGUAUCUCAGAGAAGUACGGCCUUUCGGACAAGACGGAAGUGAUCUCUAAGGCUACUGAAUUGGUGUUCUCGCUUCCUUCUGUUGGAUCGAAGAUGUUCUUGAUCACCAUAGCAGACCGAACUGUUGGUGGAUUAACAGUACAAGACCAACUCGUCGGUCCAUGGCAGACGCCCGUGGCGGAUGUUGCCGUGACGCUCGGCUCCUUUGGGUUUGAAGACAAAUUUCGCCAUGGCGAGGCAAUGGCAAUGGGAGAAAAACCAACUCUGGCUCUCAUCUCUGCCGCAGCUUCUGCACGGAUGGCGGUCGUGGAAAGCCUGAUGAACCUCGGUGCUGCUCACAUCAAAGGCGCCACGGAUGUUCGCGGGGAUCUGCGACGGGUCAAGCUGUCUGCCAACUGGAUGGCUGCUGUGAACCACCCCGGCGAAGGUGCCGCGCUGUUUGAGGCCGUCAAGGCCAUCGGCAUGGAGCUAUGUCCAGACCUUAAUGUUUCCAUUCCUGUCGGCAAGGACUCAACCUCGAUGAAGGCGUCUUGGAAGGAUAAGAGUGGAGAAUCCAAGAGCGUGACGGCACCUGUUUCGGUCGUCAUCUCUGCUUUCACACCUGUUGAAGAUGUUCGCAGCACCUGGACGCCACAACUCCGACGCGUCGAAGAGGUUGGCGACUCUGUGCUCAUGUUUGUCGACCUCGCUGGAGGUCGCAAGGCCAUGGGAGGCUCGGCUCUGGCACAGACCCUGGGACAACUCGGCAAUGAAGCACCGGAUGUCCGCGAUACUAGGCUUAUUGUUGACUACUUCGAUGCUCUGUCGCAGCUUCACGAAGAGGACAUCGUGCUGGCAUAUCACGACCGUUCAGAUGGUGGCUUGCUUACCACCAUCGCUGAGAUGAUGUUCGCCGGCCGGUGUGCAGCUGACGUCUCGAUCGAUGAGAUUGCGAAGUCUGCUUCGACCUCUGAUGUCCUUGAAGCUCUGUUCAACGAGGAGCUUGGUGCGGUGUUCCAGAUACGCAAGUCAGACGAGAAGAGAUUCCUCCGCUGCUUCGCCACUUGCGGGCCGCCGCCAGGCCUGAUCAAGAAGAUUGGUUACGUCCGGUCGACUUCCAAGCAGUCCUUGUCAGUCAAGUAUGGCAUGACACCACUCGUUGAGUUAGACAGAGCCCAGAUGCAACAAUGGUGGUCAACAACCUCGUACGAGAUGCAAAAGCUUCGAGACAACCCAGUUUGCGCCGAGUCAGAGUUUGCCUCGCUCCUCGACGCCAAGGACCCAGGUCUCUCAUACAAACUGAAAUACGACCCUGCCGAUGCCAGCCUUCCAGCCCUCACAAAUUUGAAGUCCCUGGUGACGCAACGCCCUCGCGUCGCUAUCCUGCGCGAGCAAGGUGUCAACGGUCACGCCGAGAUGGCGUUCGCAUUCCGUGCCGCAGGCUUCGACGCCGUGGAUAUCCACAUGACGGACAUUCUGUCAGGCUUCUCGCUCGACGGGUUCCGCGGACUGGCAGCGUGCGGCGGCUUCUCGUACGGUGACGUGCUAGGCGCCGGCCAGGGCUGGGCCAAGUCGAUCCUGAUGCACGACAACGCGCGCAAGACGUUCGAGGCCUUCUUCCGCCGGCCAGACACGUUCAGUCUGGGCGUGUGCAACGGCUGCCAGAUGCUGUCACGGCUGAAGGAGCUGAUCCCCGGCGCGCAGCACUGGCCCGCCUUCGUGGAGAACACCAGCCAGCAGUUCGAGGCGAGGUACAGCAUGGUGCAGGUCAAGGACGAAGGCGACAACAGCGUCUUCUUCGCGGGAAUGAGCGGCUCGCUGUUGCCGAUCGUGGUGUCGCACGGUGAGGGCAGGGCCGAGUUCGCCUCGCCCGCCGGGCUGCAGGGUUGCAACGACAGCGGGCUGAUCCCGUUGCGCUACACGGACAACUACGGCAAGGUCACGGAGAAGUACCCCUUUAACCCCAACGGCAGCCCACAGGGAAUCGCGGGUGUUAGGAGCGCAGACGGCAGGGUGCUGGCCAUGAUGCCGCACCCGGAGCGGACGAUCAUGGCGGACGUGGCGAGCUGGGCGCCGAGGGAGGAGAUCGACCGUUGGGGCCAGUUUGGCCCGUGGCUGAGGAUGUUCAGGAAUGCCAGGAAGUGGGUUGGUUGA